CCACAGAUAAAAAGAUAAAAAGCUUAUACUAAAAAACUAUAGACAAAGUCACUCACUCACUCACUCACCCACCCAUUCAAAUUAAAAUACAGUUAUCCUCCCUCCCCACCUCUCCACCAGAAGCAAAUGCCUAAAACACCCAUCUAAAAUUCCAUUAAUCUCUGCACAAACAUCAUGGCCUAGCUGUUUCUUGGAUCCCGAGAUUAUGGGUUUCUUUCAAUUUGUUUAUACAAUGCACUUCUAUUUUAUACAAAUUUGACAAAACAUAUAGCCCGCAAGACAUGAUUUGGUUUCUCCCAUUGUCACUCCCUAGGCUCAAACCUUUCUUUCUGUUCCUUUCAUUGGAGUUCGUAGCAUAGCUGUAAUGCCUGUAAAUCCAUGGACCUUCUUCUCCUUCUCCAUCCUCUCUUUUGUCCUCCUAUUUCCUUUUCCUUUUGCAACUUUCGCCGUUAAUCAACAAGGCCAAACUCUUCUCUCAUGGAAGACAUGCUUCAACGGAUUGCCUGAGGUCUUGAGUAAUUGGGAGGCUACCGAUGAAACUCCCUGCGAAUGGUUUGGAGUCAUUUGCAAUUUUAACAAUCAAGUGGUGGCAUUGGAAUUGAGGUAUGUGGAUUUGUUUGGAAACGUGCCCUCCAAUUUCACCUCACUGUUUUCCUUGAACAAGCUCAUUUUAUCCGGAACCAACCUUACUGGUUCCAUCCCAAAAGAGAUUGGAGGUCUUUCCCUGUUGACAAGCUUGGACUUGAGCGACAAUGCCUUAACAGGUGAAAUCCCAAGUGAGCUCUGCAACUUGCUCAAGCUUGAAGAACUAUAUCUCAACUCCAAUAAACUUGAAGGCUCAAUUCCAGCCGAAAUCGGAAAUCUGACAAGAUUGAAAUGGCUCAUCCUCUAUGACAACCAACUUAGUGGUGGCCUAUCAUACAACAUAGGCAAGUUAAAGAAUCUUCAAGUAAUUAGAGCAGGUGGCAACAAGAAUCUUGAAGGCCCAUUGCCUCAAGAAAUUGGCAACUGCAGCAACUUGGUGCUGCUAGGGCUCGCAGAAACAAGCAUAUCAGGUUUUCUCCCCCCAAGUCUGGGCCUCUUAAAGAAACUCCAAACCAUUGCCAUCUAUACUUCCCUCCUUUCUGGCCAAAUCCCUCCAGAACUCGGCUACUGCACCCAACUGGAAAACAUCUAUCUUUAUGAAAACUCUCUCACCGGAUCCAUUCCAAACACAUUAGGCAAUCUCCCAAAUCUGAAAAACCUAUUGCUCUGGCAGAACAACCUUGUUGGCAUCAUCCCUCCAGAGCUAGGAAACUGCAACCAAAUGCUGGUCAUCGAUAUAUCCAUGAAUUCACUAACCGGAGCUAUACCUCAAUCAUUUGGCAAUUUAACUGAACUCCAAGAACUUCAACUAAGUGUCAAUCAAAUCUCCGGCGAAAUCCCCAAUCUGCUGGGAAACUGCCAGAAGAUCACACACAUAGAGCUCGACAACAAUCAGAUCACCGGUGCAAUUCCUCCUGAAUUGGGUAACUUAUCAAAUCUGACGCUGUUGUUCCUGUGGCAGAACAAGCUUGAGGGCAAUAUACCAACUACCCUUUCCAACUGUCACAAUUUGGAGGCUAUCGAUUUGUCUCAAAACGGCCUUAUGGGCCCCAUUCCCAAGGGAAUAUUUCAGCUUAAGCAACUCAACAAACUGUUGCUCCUCUCCAACAAUCUUUCCGGUGAAAUUCCGCCCGAUAUUGGGAAUUGCUCCUCGCUCAUUCGAUUUAGGGCCAACGACAAUAAGCUCACUGGAUCAAUUCCACCGCAGAUUGGAAACUUGAAGAACUUGAACUUUUUGGAUCUCGGAUCCAAUCGUCUCACCGGAGUUACACCAGAGGAAUUCUCUGGUUGUCAGAAUCUCACGUUCUUGGAUUUGCAUUCAAAUUCUAUUUCUGGUAACUUGCCACAAAGUUUAAGCGAACUUGUUUCACUGCAAUUAGUUGAUUUUUCUGAUAACCUGAUCGACGGCACUUUGAGUCCAAGUCUUGGCUCGCUGCAUUCACUCACCAAACUCAUUCUGGCCAAGAAUCGGUUCUCAGGAUCGAUUCCGAAUCAACUUGGUUCCUGCUCCAAGCUACAGUUAUUGGACCUGAGCAGCAACCAGCUCUCAGGUAAUAUUCCGUCGAGCGUGGCAAAGAUUCCAUCGCUGGAAAUUGCAUUGAAUCUGAGCUGUAACCAACUCACUGGUGAGAUUCCGGAAGAGUUCACGGAGUUAGAUAAGCUUGGGAUCCUGGAUCUCUCUCACAACCAGCUCUCCGGCGAUCUGAGGUAUCUCGCAAACCUGCAAAAUCUCGUCGUUCUCAAUGUCUCGCACAAUAAUUUGUCAGGGCUAGUACCGGACACACCAUUCUUCUCGAAGCUACCCCUCAGCGUCCUCUCCGGCAACCCCGAGUUAUGCUUCCCCGGCAAUCAGUGCACCAGUGCUAAUGGCAAGCGCAUGAAACACGUGACGGCGGCGCGUGUGGCUAUGGUGGUGCUACUUUGCACCGCAUGUGCGCUCCUACUGGCGGCGCUCUAUAUUAUCCUUGCGGGCAAAAAACGACGUCACGGGUCCCGCGAUUACGAUCUCAACAGCGAUACCGACAUUGAGAUGGGCCCACCAUGGGAGGUGACUUUAUACCAGAAACUCGACUUGUCAAUUGAAGACGUGGCACGAUCCUUGACAGCCGACAAUGUCAUAGGACGCGGGAGAUCCGGCGUCGUUUAUAAGGUGACCCUCCCGUCCGGUACGACGGUGGCCGUUAAAAGAUUCAAGUCAGCAGAGAAAAUCGCGGCAGCAUCAUUUUCAUCCGAGAUUGCGACAUUAGCGAGAAUUCGACACCGAAAUAUCGUACGGUUAUUGGGGUGGGGAGCUAAUCGGAAAACGAAAUUACUGUUUUAUGAUUACUUGAGUAAUGGCACAUUAGGAGAAUUGUUACAUGAAGGAAGUGUUGGACUAAUAGAGUGGGAGACAAGGUUCAAGAUAGCAUUGGGCGUGGCGGAGGGAUUAGCCUAUUUACAUCAUGACUGCGUACCGGCGAUCUUGCACCGGGAUGUGAAAGCCCAUAAUAUUUUACUUGGAGACAGAUACGAGGCGUGUUUAGCAGAUUUCGGGUUGGCUAGGCUGGUUGAAGAUGAGCAGGGUUCGUUCUCGGCGAACCCACAAUUUGCAGGGUCCUAUGGUUACAUGGCACCUGAAUAUGCAUGCAUGCUGAAAAUCACGGAGAAGAGCGAUGUUUAUAGCUAUGGAGUAGUGCUUUUGGAGAUGAUAACAGGAAAAAAGCCAGUGGAUCCAUCAUUCCCUGAGGGCCAACAUGUGAUCCAAUGGGUGAGAGAGCAGCUGAAGAGUAAGAAGGACCCAGUGGAGAUUCUUGAUCAAAAACUACAAGGCCACCCGGAUACACAAAUACAAGAAAUGCUUCAAGCACUGGGAAUCUCUCUCCUUUGCACGAGCAAUCGCGCAGAGGAUCGCCCGACAAUGAAAGAUGUAGCAGUAUUAUUGAAAGAAAUUCGACACGAGCCUGCAGUAGGGAGCGAGGCCCACAAGCCGACCACCAAUAACUCCACAAAAGCCACAGAAACUACCCCGUCGUAUUCAUCGUCCUCAGUGACCCCGGCUCAGCUGUUGCUGCUUCAAAACUCUUCUCAUUGUUCACUUGCUUACUCGUCUUCCUCGGCUAGUUAUGCUUCCAAAAAUCAAUAGCAAUAUCCUUGUACAAGAGAUCUCAAUAGGUUAGGGUACAUAAAGAUGUUAAUUAGCCAGCCAUUAGGGUGUUUUUGAUGAUCCUAGCUUUGGAAAAAUCAAGUAUAUAUAAUUAACGGACUUGAAUGAGGUCAAUUAAUUUUUCCCCCCUCUAAAA